AUGUCAGUUCUGGUAUGGUACUUCUAUCGUGAAUUUCCGUUCUUGAAAAAGAAGGAAGAAAUCCUGUCGACCUUGGCAGAGUUCAACGUCCCUAUUGUCAGGGCUGUUUGGUUUCUUAAGAUGACUAAUGCUCACUACACGCAGCAGCAGGAAAGCGGAAAGAUCAAGAAAAAGCAGAUGAAUGAUCCUUAUUCAGAAUGGACGCAGCAUAUCAUCAGGUACUUAAGGGAUCUACUGUUGCGUCUCUCCGAGUACUACCUGUUAACGUCGCAGUCAGCUAUGACUGCCGAUAUCGAGUCUGCAUUUAAGCAGUGGCAGUACUGCACAAGAUUGAGCCGGCACAUGUUCGAGGUACGUACUCGAUGAGU